GCGGGAACGGGGCUAAUGGCGCGGGCGGGGGGAGGGGAGGAGCGGCGGGAAAAAAGAAGCGGCAACGGCCGCGGCGCGCGCUGCUGCCAGCCCUGCACCCCCCCCUCCUUCCCCCCCCUGUGCAUUCAGCCCCUCUCCGCCCUGGUGGCGCGGAGCCCCGAGCCCGCCUUCCCGCCACGUGACCCCCCCCUUUCGCUCGGCUCCAUAUUGGCGCUGGCGGGUGCGUGCACAAAAUGGAGGUUUCCUAAAUCUAAAAGAAAGGCCGAGUUAGAGUACCCUUCCAAAAUGGCUGCUAUUAAGGAAGAGAGAGAGGUGGAAGACUACAAGAGAAAAGGAAGACGAUCCUCACAGCAGAAAUACCGUAGACUGAAUAAGGGCCAUGAGCCUAAGGAGCCAGAGCAGUUGAGAAAGCUGUUCAUUGGAGGUCUGAGCUUUGAAACAACAGAUGAUAGCUUGAGAGAACACUUUGAAAAAUGGGGCACGCUCACGGACUGUGUGGUGAUGAGAGACCCACAAACAAAACGUUCCAGAGGCUUUGGCUUUGUGACUUACUCUUGUGUGGAAGAGGUGGAUGCUGCCAUGAGUGCUCGACCACAUAAGGUUGAUGGACGCGUGGUUGAACCAAAGAGAGCAGUUUCAAGGGAGGAUUCUGUAAAGCCUGGAGCGCAUCUCACAGUAAAGAAAAUAUUUGUUGGUGGAAUUAAAGAAGAUACAGAAGAAUAUAACUUAAGGGAGUACUUUGAAAAAUAUGGGAAGAUUGAAACCAUAGAAGUCAUGGAAGACAGGCAAAGUGGAAAGAAAAGAGGAUUCGCUUUUGUAACUUUCGAUGAUCAUGAUACAGUUGAUAAAAUUGUUGUUCAGAAAUACCAUACUAUAAAUGGACAUAACUGUGAAGUGAAAAAAGCACUCUCAAAACAAGAGAUGCAGACUGCUAGCUCUCAGAGAGCAAAAUAUUUUGUAGGUCGCGGGGGUGGCUCAGGCAAUUUCAUGGGUCGUGGAAACUUUGGAGGCGGUGGAGGAAACUUUGGCCGAGGAGGAAACUUUGGUGGAAGAGGCGGCUAUGGGGGUGGUGGUGGCGGUGGUGGGAGCAGAGGAAGCUUUGGGGGUGGUGACGGAUACAAUGGAUUUGGUGAUGGUGGCAACUAUGGAGGUGGUCCUGGGUAUGGCAGCAGAGGAGGUUAUGGUGGUGGUGGAGGACCAGGAUAUGGAAACCCAGGUGGUGGAUAUGGAGGUGGAGGAGGAGGAUAUGAUGGCUACAACGAAGGAGGAAAUUUUGGAGGUGGUAAUUAUGGUGGCAGUGGAAACUACAAUGAUUUUGGCAAUUACAGUGGACAGCAGCAGUCUAACUAUGGUCCCAUGAAAGGUGGUGGCAGCUUUGGUGGUAGAAGUUCAGGCAGUCCCUAUGGUGGUGGUUAUGGAUCUGGAAGUGGAAGUGGGGGCUAUGGUGGUAGAAGAUUCUAAAAAUGCUACCAGAAAAAGGGUUGAAUGAGAAGCUGCUGCUUGACAAAAUGGGGAAUGUCUUGCACAUCCUCUUCAAUUGAAGGUUUCUGACUGGGUAAGAUUUGUAGUGCAUAGUAAAACACGUUUAAUGCUCAUUUCCUUCUUAGGCUUUCCUUUACCAGCCUUUUGAUAGUAGGGAAAGCCUUAAGUAUAAAGGAAGAAGUAUUCCCGUGUAUGUCAUCCAGUGUUUCUUGUUCUGGAUUAGGGGUGUCUGCUGACAUAACUGCUGUUCAAGAAUUUUCCUUUCCUGGCAGGUACAAAAUUGCUGUGUGUCAGAGAUCAACAAAAAGGAACGAUAAAUGUUUUGAAAUACAUUCUCUUAGUCACCAUGAAGAGUGUGCAGUCUGCUUUUGAAAAAAAUGUAACAAAUGGAAGCCUUACCCAGUGUGACAUGAAAAGGUUAUGACACUCUUAAGCAGCUCAUCACAAUUCACAGAUUGUAUUGAUUCCAUAAGCAUGUUUUGCAUUUAUUAAAACAGGUUUCCCUCCUGAUAAAUGAAUUUUAGCUUGCCAAAUGAGUUUGUAUUCAAAUGUAAAUAUCUAGUUCCCAUUCAGAUGUUUGAUGCUUUCAGGGUAGUUUAGUGGAGGCUAAUACUGACAAGUGAUACCCAGCUGAAAGCACAAGUGUAUAUGGAUGAAUGGCAAUAAAAUAACUUUUCAUGGAAUCUGCUUUAUAUGCAUAUGGGUUCUUAACUCUUGGAAUGUGUAUUUCCUGUUCUUCUGUAUCAUAGACUAUUACAGGUAUGGGGUAUUUUCAUUCCUUUUGGGAUAGUAGUUACCUAUUUUAACUUACCAGCAUAUAUUCACAUCUGUGCAGUAUUCCUGCAAAAAUCUGCUUCUAUUUUAGUGUUGGUUAUGCUUAAGUUACUCAGAAAAAGGUAAAUUGAAUACAUGCAUUUCAGUUUAACUUAGGCCUGAGGAAAAUUGGCAGACUGACUCCACUAGUGAAACUUGUUACUACUGGCUGGCUGUGAGUAUCUAGAAAGCAAACUUCACAUUGUAACAUGUACAAUCAGAAGUUAACUUGAAGUAUUUUACAAUAGUAAUGUGCAAUUUCCAUAUAAUUAGGAGCUACUUACUAAACGGAAAUCUCACAGACAACCAACUUAAAUAAAAAUGUUGGCAAGUACUUUUACUUAGCCAAAGUUGAGCUAAAAUUCAAACCUGCUGCAGUGAGGUCCCAGUCUCUCCUUUGUGUAGUAUACUAGGUAACUUGUUGCUUAGAUGACUAGCUUGCUUCCUCACCCAGAGGUGAAAUACUUCUUUGCUAUGCAGAGGUGCUCUUGUGAACUCAUCUAGUCAUGUACAGGUAAAAAUAUGUAACAGGGAAAGGCAUUUAUGUGGCUAAUGCUUACUCAGUUACAGGCAAAUGCUUUUUGUACUGCAGGGAAGGAGGAAUGUUACUUUUUUUCUUAAAGUAAAGCAAAAUUUUCUGGUUUGCAUCCCAUUAUGAGGCCUGUGUGUAAAUUUCCUUUACAUACUGUGCUCUUGAGGGUUCUUUUUGCACUAAGUGUGUAACUAGAUACUCACUUUUAGAGUUACUUUCAUGCUAGGCUUUACAGCUCUUACUGAUUUAUUUGCUUCAUUUCAAUUAUAUCAUUUUUUUUCUCUCUCAGAAAUAAACCUUGUCAAAGAUGAAUACUUAAGCAUUAAUUCUUAAUACUGAGGAAUAUUUGGUCAAGUAUAUCUUUGUCCAAGAGGCACUUCCAAGAGUUAAGAAUAUUAUUUAAUGACUAGGUUUUUCUGUAGUAGUUGCUACUGAAAAUAGCAGCUGUAAAUGGAGAUGCGAAUAAAAUUACAAAGCAUUGGUCCUCAGACUAGAGUUCUACAUGACCCUAUUUAAUACCUAGGGCUACUAGGCUGAUGCAGAUUCGAUAAACGUUUUGUUACUAGAUAACAAAUUAAUCAUAGUAUCUUAACUUGGAUAUCCUUCAAAUAUUUUAAGGUGUGGGAAGGGGAAUGCUCCUGGUCUUUCAAGUAUUGCUUGUGUGAUGUACUGACUUGCUGCUGUCUUUGGUUCCUGUAUUAACUUUUUUUUAACAUUAACUUUUAUUCAUAUACUGUCUAUACUGCAAUGGAAUAUUCACUUACAUAUCAAUCUGUGAUCUGACAAAUGUGUGUAUCUUGUGUGGAGCAUGAAAGAUCUUGAGUAUCACUAAAAUUCAGAUAUCUGAUGGAUGAUUCUUUUUCUGCUGUGGGUACUACAGGUUGACAUCUCUAUCUAAGAUUAGCUUUUUCCUCAACUAAAGUAAUCCAAGUAUCUCCGUAGAAGACAAAUGACCUCCAUGUAGAAGAUAAUAUCGCAAGAUUGGAAACAGAAUAACAUUUUAAUAACUGGCAAAGACUUGAAGAGCAAUGGUGCUAGUAUGGUGAAAUCUUACAACUUGUGGUUAAACAAGUUUAAAAAUAUGGAAUUUAAAAAAUUCAAUAUAGUCCAUAAUGGAUUGGAAUUUGUUUAAAACUAUUUCACUUUUGUAUCAAAAUAAAGUGUACAUUGUCAAAUGACUUAAAAUCUAAAA